AUGUCGAGAGAGAGAACGAGAGCCAAAGAGCUUGAGAACGCUCUGGUCUCCGCUGCGGAUGCUGGUUCUGUUGCCGGCACUGAAUCCUCCGCCCACCCCGCCACGUCGCAGCCCGGUCCUGCUGCCGCCUCCUCUUCUGUGACCUCCCAUGCCGCCUCGCAGGCCACUACUCCUGCCGUCGCUCUUCCCCCCGCCUCCCUCUCCGCGCCCAGCGACACUGGCGUGGUUGUCUCCGCGGUGGAAACUUUGGCGUCCCUGAUUCCUGGUUUGGUCUUGACAGACGAGGAAACUCAAGCUCUGGUUACUCAUUUACCCACAAUAAUUGCAUACUUCGUUCAAGAGCACAGAGAGACCCUGGGACAUGGGGGCCUGUGA